GACAGGCGUCUACGAGUGGAUCUGGAAGCCUAUGAUCAGCUGGCUAGAGUUUCUAGAUCCGCAGCUGCUCUCAGCGGCUCUACGACUCGACAUGUUUGGCGGAUUCGAAUCACAUGUUGGGAAAUAUGUGAAGGUACUUCUGCUUGUCCUUGUGCUACUGCUAGAAGUAGCUAAAAAUAUAAACUUGUGUGCUCAAUUAUUAUUUAAAACAACUUCUGCGGAGAUGAAAAAUUCAUUCACAAGCACAAAGAAUUGAUGAGGUACACCAAUUGAGUCAGCUAAGUAGUUGUAAGAACAACUUCAUGUUCAUCUUCUUACUUUCUAUAAACAUAUUUAUACCUUACAACCCUGCCCCUCUCCAGGACCCCUGGGUCCGUCGCAUCCUGAAGUGGCCAGUGAUUUUUGUUGGUGCUAGUCCGAAAGCCGCACCAGCUUUGUAUUCGAUGAUGACCUAUGGUGGACACAUGCUUGUAUGCUUCCGGUAUUUGGUAAUAACUGAAUUUGAUCAUAAGGGAAAACAAGAAGAAAACCCUUCUUGUGAUCAAAUUCAGGCUACCAAAUGCCAGAGCCAUCCAAUGCUUGGAACUUGGUACCCUGAGAACGGAAGUGGGUUUCGAGCUCCCGUCGAAGCCUUAGAAACCCUAGCAAGAAGAAACGGCGUCAAAUUCGAGCUGGCUGCGGAAGUGAAUAGACUGGAGUUUCACGAACCUCACUUGCAUCUGAAUCUGCUUUCGUCGGAUGGAGGUGCUGGAAAAGAGAAGGCUAGUACGCAAAAUGACACCA